AAGAACCAGUUGGAAAGAGAAAAAAAAAUGGGCGGCGGAGGCAGAGGAGGGAGGAACAGAGCUCGCACACAGAGAAAGCACUUCAGAGAGAACAGAGAAAAUGUAUGGAAGCGUAGCAGACACGAGUCCUCCGACUCAAACACCAACUCUGGUUGGGAGCCUUUCGCCACCCAAAACCCGGCCUUUGAUGAGUACUACAAGGAGCAAGGGAUAGUGUCCCUAGAAGAGUGGGACACUUUUAACAGUGUUAUUCGGAAACCAUUGCCCGCCGCUUUCAGAGUGAAUUCCAGUAGCCAGUUUUGUGCAGAUAUCCUAUCACAGUUGGAGAAUGACUUUAUGAAGUCCCUUCAUACUGAGGCCACUGAUGGGGGUGAAGUGGAGGCUAUUAGACCAUUGCCUUGGUAUCCUGAGAAUCUUGCUUGGCAAUCAAAUUACUCCCGUAUGCAGCUGAGGAAGAACCAAACCCUUGAGAGGUUUCAUGAGUUCUUAAAGCAAGAAAAUGAAAUCGGAAACAUUACAAGGCAGGAAGCUGUCAGCAUGGUCCCGCCCCUCUUCCUGGAUGUAUCUCCUGAUCAUUUUGUACUUGAUAUGUGUGCAGCGCCAGGUUCAAAAACAUUCCAAUUACUUGAGAUUAUACACCGAUCAACCAAACCAGGAACAUUACCUGGCGGAAUGGUUGUGGCAAAUGAUGUUGAUGUCAAAAGAUGCAAUCUUCUUAUUCACCAGACAAAAAGAAUGUGCACUGCCAACUUGAUUGUAACAAAUCAUGAAGCCCAACACUUCCCUGGAUGUCGUUUAAACAAAAUGUCCUCUGAUUCUUCUGAAAUUGGUGUUGUAAAGGAGCAAAGUAUGAGUCAACUUAUGUUUGAUCGUGUCUUAUGUGAUGUUCCCUGCAGUGGAGAUGGUACUCUUCGCAAGGCUCCAGAUAUCUGGAGGAAGUGGAAUGUAGGAAUGGGCAAUGGGAUCCACUGUCUACAAGUUCAGAUAGCCAUGCGAGGUAUAUCUUUGCUUAAAGUUGGUGGAAGAAUGGUUUACUCCACUUGCUCAAUGAAUCCAGUUGAAAAUGAGGCUGUGGUUGCUGAGAUUUUACGGAGGUGUGGAGGGUCUGUUGAACUAGUUGAUGUCUCCUGUGAGCUCCCUCAACUUGUUCGCCGUCCAGGUCUUAAGAAAUGGAAGGUUCGUGACAAGGGCAUGUGGCUUGCUUCCUACAAAGAUGUUCCUAAGUUCCGCAGAGCUGGGAUAGUUCCCAGCAUGUUUCCUUCUGGUCAGAGUGCUACAGAUCCAACUGACAAUGAACAAGGUGUAAGCUUGGAAGAAAAGCAUGAGAAUGGUGGUGAUGUAAAUUCUGAAAAUGGGUUCCAGCCAACUGAGAAUCCUGAAACUCUGGAGGAAGCUUCUGAUCACCCUCUAGAACGUUGUAUCAGGAUAGUGCCUCAUGAUCAGAAUACUGGAGCCUUCUUCAUUGCUGUCCUCCACAAACUUUCUCCUUUGCCUGCCAUUCAGGAGAAACCUGUUAAUCUGCAAAGAAACUUGCAUUCUAACAAUGAGGAAUGCUCUGAAAAAUUAUCCAAUGAGAUCAUUGAAAGCCCAAAUAUUAAUCAAGAAGAUGAUACAGAUGAGAAAUUUCCAGAAGCGGCUUCAGACACUGAUUUAGUUGAAAAUGAACCAGAUGAGACUGCUUCAGAACAUGAUCCUUGCCAACCGUGUGAAGAAAAUAAACCAGAGGAAGUUCCUGGUGAUAGGGAAAAUGAUUCCAAGAAGGCAGGCGGAAAAAGGAAGUUACAAAUUCAAGGCAAAUGGAAAGGAGUCGAUCCUGUUGUUUUCUUUAAGGAUGAAGCAACUAUCAAUAGCAUAAAAACAUUCUAUGGUGUUGAUGAUUCUUUGGUGCUCAAUGGUCAACUUGUCACAAGAAACAGCGAUUCUAAACAUGUGAAAAGAAUUUACUAUAUCUCAAAAUCAGUUAAGGAUGUUCUGGAACUGAAUUUGCUUGUGGGGCAGCAACUGAAGAUAACUUCUGUUGGCUUGAAGAUGUUUGAACGGCAAACAUCAAGAGAAGGUACCUCUACAUCAUGUGCAUUUCGAAUAUCAUCUGAAGGACUGCCGCUGCUUCUCCCAUACAUCACCAAACAGAUCCUAUGUGCAUCCCCAGUAGACUUCAAGCAUCUCUUGCAAUAUAAAACCAUCAGAUACGCAGAUUUUGUUGAUGCUGAAUUUGGUGAGAAGGCAUCAAAGCUAAUGUUGGGGUGUUGCGUAGUAAUCUUGAAAAAAGGCACCCAAGCCUCAGUGGAUCCUAUCCAAGUGGAUGUGUCGACGAUUGCCAUUGGAUGCUGGAAGGGUAGGGCCAGUUUAACCGUGAUGGUUACUGCAAUUGAAUGCCAAGAAAUGCUAGAAAGGCUUUUGAUGCGUUUGGAGGGUGUAAAUGGCACUUCACCUGUGGAAAACAUAUCCUCAGAUGUGGCUGAUGAAUCAAAGGUAGAAGAAUCGAAUGAUGUUGAAAUGAAUGAAGAAACGGAGCCUGUGAAAAUGGCCACUGCUGGUUGAAUUAAUCACCAAUUUUGUCGGUUCGAUUAUGUUAUAUUAAUUUUAAUCAUGAUGCUUCAAUCCUAAUAAUUUUCUUUUCAUAACCGAAGUGUCAGAAGUAGAUUUAUAUUUUUAUUUUUAUGUAAUUCCUCUCAUGUAAUUUACCAUUUCAGAGAAACUGAUUCUGGUUGGGCAUAAUAGAUGACUGCACCUUUUUCCCA